AGAUCAGAAAGUGUUGCUCUUGCUCCAAAUAUUGAACUCAAUGAAGUAGUUGUUGAUGCAGUUGAACCCGAAGAAUUGCACACCCAAAGAACUGGAAUAGAAGAAGACAGACCUGAAGUGAUGAAUGUUACUCCAUUAGAACGUGAUCCGGGGUUACGAAUUCCAGUAAUGCAACAUCCUGUUAACAAGCGUGAUGAAGUUCGGCGAGCAUAUUUAUUGUUGGGACCUUAUCAGCCGAGAUUAAAAUAUCCCCGCUCUAAAUUCGGAAAGCAAUACCGUGGUUUUAAUUUUAGUUGGUUCGCACAACAUCCUUGGUUGGAGUAUUCACCUUCUAAAGAUGCUGCAUAUUGUUUUCAGUGUUUUCUUUUUGAAUCAGAUCCUCCAAAACACUCAGCAUUCACUAGUGAAGGUUUCAAAAGAUGGUGUUCUGUUAAUAAUGGAUCAGCAUGUGCAUUUCUAAAACACUCUGGAAAUGUUGAUUCUGGACACUCUACUGCCCAAGGAAAUUCUGAAGCUUUGAAGAAUUCAGCUCAGCGAAUAAGUCUUUUGGUAGAGAAACAAUCAAUAGAGGCUGUAACGAGACAUAGGUUGUGUCUCAAGACAACAAUUGACUGUUUAAGAUGGCUUGCGCGUCAACAAUGUGCUUUCAGAGGUCACGAUGAGUCAAAAGGUUCAAGGAAUCGUGGGAAUUUUAUUGAAUUGAUCAAGUAUUCAACAUCACUUAAUAAAGAUGUGAAUGCAGUCGUCUUGGAGAAUGCCACUGGAAAUGCCACUUAUACUUCACCCAAGAUUCAGAAAGAGAUCUUAAAUAUUAUAUCUAAUAGAGUUAGAAGCAAGAUUCGCGAGGAAAUUGGAAAUGCCAAAUAUUGUAUCCUUGUUGAUGAGUCGCGGGACGCUUCCAAGAAAGAGCAAAUGGUGAUUGUUUUAAGGUAUGUGGAUAUUGAUGGUUAUGUUCAAGAAAGGUUUUUUGAUAUUCAACAUGUUGAAAAUACUUGUGCUUUAACUCUGAAAAAUGGAAUAACAAAAAUUCUUAAUUAUUAUGAUCUUCAAGUUGAAAACAUGCGAGGGCAGGGGUAUGAUGGCGCAAGUAAUAUGCGUGGUCAGUGGAAUGGCUUACAAGCCUUGUUUCGUGAGGAAUGUAAAUAUGCAUAUUAUGUUCAUUGUUUUUCACAUCGCCUUCAGCUAGCACUUGUGAAAACAGCUGAAACUUUGGGUCCAGUUUGGAAAUUUUAUUCUAUGUUAUCAUCAAUUGUCAAUCUUGUUACAUCUUCUUCACAUCGAUUUGGUGAUUUUCAGUAUGCUCAAGAAGAUGAGAUUGCCAAAAGGUUAUCUAGUGGUGAACUUGAGACAGGGAAAGGGGCAAACCAAAUAGGUACUUUUCCACGUGCUACUGAUACCCGUUGGAGUUCCCAUUAUGGUUCCGUAUGCAGUUUGAUAGAUAAGUUCGAAGCAACCUGCACAACUAUCGACCAUAUUGGCGCAAGUGAUCCGAAAGUGACUCCUAAAGUUGGUGAAGCACAAAGUAUUUCUGAAGAAAUGAGUUCAUUCAGGCUAAUAGUUCAUACGCAAUGACAAGGCUAAGCAUUUUAAUCAGGUAAAUCGUUUGAAUAUCGUGUAUGUUGAUUAUGCAAUUAUUAUAAUUCAUUUGCUAGUCGUGUUGUCUUGAUUGAAUUGUUUCACAGGAGGCAAGAAAACAACCAGAACUACGUUAAGGAGCCGCUGCGCCAGGUCAGGUGGAAGCAAGACUCAAUUGCUCGAAAAUAGAAGGUAAUUUUUUCUCUUUUC